AUGGCUGAGGCAGGGGUGGCAGGCUGCAUCUUGGAAGCCCGGCACCUAGGUCCGUUUGGGCGGGCUUCUGCGGAGACAGAUUUGUGCAGGUGUGCUGGAUGGUGGACUUGUGAGUACUGUUCCUUUGGCUUCCACGUGAGCCAGGGUGCUUGGAUGAGAGACUGGGAUGCGGGGCUGCGCGCUGCGGCGGAUGCAGCUCGAACUGCUGCUGCAAGACCCUGGGUGGCCCGCAUUCUGGAGCUCCUCCUUUCCGGCGCCAGGCCGCCCUUUGCCGUGUCUGACUUGGCCAUGGUGCGCCUCUUGGACAUUGCCAUCCUCACCGGGAACAAGGAGGCGGCCGUGUGCUGCGCUGGCUGCGCCAAGCUUCGGCCCCUACGCCGCUGGAGGUCUGAAGAUUUGUUUGACCAAGCCGAGAUGGGAGCCCCAGUGGGGGCACUGCUUGAGCCCCACAUUUUGAUUGCAGCUCUCUCAGCAGGCGCCGCCUUGCAAUUGCAUGUGAACUGCUUUUUGGGGCGUGGCUUCUGGGACACGGAGGCGCUGCCAUUGCGAGAAGCCGUUGCUCUGGCAACAACAAUGCCCUGGUCCGACUUCGCAGGAGUCUUUGAAGGCAAAAGCAAAUGGGUUCCAAGAUUGCCAAACCGCUGGGUAAAGAUGUUUGCAGAAGCCUCUUCAAGGGGCGCCUGCAUGUCCCACAGCCUCCUUCAGCGCGCGGCAAUUGCAGGACUUCCGUUGAAGCAUUUCAACGUUUCAAGUUCUGGCUACUGCUGGAAUUUGCUACAGGCUGCAGUGCUGUGCGGGCAGCCUGACUGCGCUGAGUUGUGUGCUGCGCAAGGCAUGGAACCGCUUGAAGAGGACCUUUGCAGCUUUAUGUGCACUUUCAGGCAUAUGUAUCAUCAAAGGGAUCCAUGGGCAUGGUUGUCGUGGGGUCCAGAAAAUGAUCGAAUCUUCCCGUUUUGUGUGGCUCCCGAAGAUGAGCAACGAUCCGCAGCCGCAGCAGCUGCGCGAGCAGCUGUCAUUUGGUCACGGAAGCGUGAAGUCACAGCGAAGGGCGUCGCACUUCUGCAAGCAAUGGCCAAGCUUUUGCGGGCAUCCUUGCCAGUGUUGGUGGAGAAAGUGAUUGACUUCUUGGUAGAGGUCCCAAAGGUUUCGUUGGCAGAUGUGCCUAGAGAUGUGCGUCACUGGGCUGGUGGUUAUGAUUCUGAGGAUGAUUAUUUUGAGGAUUUUCUUGAUGAGGAUUCUCUUGCAAGUUUUAAUGUUUUUUUCUGA